AUGUUCCGUUUAUCUGCUGCUAGAACUUUGGCCAAAUCUGUCAACACCGUUGUUGCUAAGCGUACUUAUGCUGAAGCUGCCGAUGGUGCUUUGAAGUUGCAAUUUGCUUUGCCACAUCAAACCUUGUUUUCUGGUACUCCAGUUACCCAAGUCAACUUGCCAGCUAAGUCUGGUCAAAUCGGUAUCUUGGCUAACCACGUUCCAACUGUUGAACAAUUGGUUCCAGGUGUUGUUGAAGUCUUGGAAGGUUCUUCUUCUAAGAAGUUCUUUGUUUCCGGUGGUUUCGCUACUGUCCAACCAGACUCUACCUUGGCUAUCACUUCCGUUGAAGCAUUCCCAUUAGAGUCUUUCUCUCCAGAAAACGUUAGAUCUCUGUUGGCUGAAGCUCAAAAGAACGUCUCCUCUGCUGACGAAGUUGCUGCUGCCGAAGCUGCUAUCCAACUUGAAGUUUUGGAAGCUUUGCAAGCCGCUUUGAAAUAA